AUGUACGGGUUGCCUGCUGGAAAAUCUGAAAACUCUGGAAUCCCCAAAAAUUCUGAAAAUUCUACCAAGUAUGCCGUGGAAAUUGUUGAAAACUCGCUGACAGACAAUAUAACUGAAAUUAUUGGAAAUCCGGAAGACGUCGAGGUUAUUGAUGGGAAUUACAGUGGGAAUGAGACAAAACCGCGUACCGCCCGUAAAUACAGUGGUGGUCACAGUCACCAUCACAGCUACUCCGGAAGUCACCAUCACUACGGUGGGUACGGUAUUCAUCACUACGGCGGUUACGGUAUUCAUCAUCUACACCAUCACUACUACUCCUCCUACAGUCCAAGUUAUUAUUAUUCAUACUAUAGUCCAAGUUACUACGGUAGCUACUACUAUGGAUACGAAAAUUCUCGAAUGACGAUACACGUUGCACUACUCGAUAAGGCGUUAUGGAGGGAGUUCGAUGCGCAGUGCAAUGAGAUGAUUAUUACAAAGAUUGGAAGAAAUCUCUUCCCAAUUCUCGAGGUCUCCUUCAAAGGUCUCAACGAGCACCUCCACUACCGUAUCGGUGUGACGAUGGAGCCUACAGUAAUCCAAAAACUGAAAUUCACGGGCGGUCGAUGGGAGAAGUUGGACGUGAUGGAGGAUAUGGUGCAGUCGAACGAGGUGUUCUAUGUCAAAAGUGGUCGCGAACUUCUCCAGCGAGGUCUUAAACUCGAAAAACUGAAACUGACCAAUUCGAAGGACGCCCUGCAGAAAAGUGAUCAAAUGAUCCGCGUCCAAUCAAUGCGUCAAUACGUGCCGGUGCUCAACAUCUACGAGGCCACGCCCACUGGCGCUACAGUACACGUCGGCCGGUUUCCGUUUGUGGAGGCGAAGUUUAUUGCGGUUACAGCGUAUCAGAGCGAACAAGUAAAAUGUCUGAAAGUGCAGAAGAACAAGUUUGCUCAAGGCUUCCGAGAGAGUGUCAAGGCUCCGCCCACUUCCACAAAACGCCCACACUCUACAGUAUCCGCAAACUCGUCGCCCGACUCGACGCUCUCCGAUGGCUCGGAAAUUUCUGUGAAAAAGGGGCGGAGCGAAGUGUACCAAGCUCCGCCCACACCGACUGCCAAUCAAUACUAUCAAUUCCAGACGGUGCAGAACUUUCAGCCAAGUUUUCAGCAAAAUUUUGGACAUCAUCAUGGAUUCGACACCGCGGCGGGGUACUGGAACCCGCCACCACUACAGUAUGACUUCACUAUGGGACACAGUAAUAUGUAUGGGUAUCAGUGGAAUGCAUAA